AAAAUUGAAUCCCCCUUAUCUAUCCAGUAUCAGACCAUCGCUGAGCUCAGAGAGCAGGAAGCUGAGCCCAAAAACAAUGGCGACAUUUUCUCUCACUUCAACACUCCCUUCUUCUUCACCCACCACUUCUCUCCACUCCAUCCCCAAACCUAAACUCAAACCUUCUACCAUUAAUUUCACCCACAAUCUUAACCCAUUUAACCCAAACCUGAAACCCUCUCGCCACCAUUACCUGUCCAAUUACGGCCCAUAUGUUAAGGCCAUAGCUCUAGACUUCUCGGGCUCGUUCUUCGAGGGUGGUUUCGGGGGUUUGGACGAAGACCCGCCUUCAACGCCACCGGCCGGAUUAGCGGUUGAAGAAAAGCCGGAGCCACAAUGCCCGCCGGGGCUCCGACAGUAUGAAACCAUGGCUGUUCUUCGACCCGAUAUGACUGAGGAUGAACGCCUAACUCUUACCCAGAAAUACGAAGAGUUGCUUGUAGCUGGGGGAGCCAUGUAUGUGGAAGUCUUCAACAGAGGGGUGAUUCCUCUAGCCUACAGCAUCAAGAGGAAGAACAAAGCAGGAGAAACCAACAAUUACUUAGACGGUAUUUAUCUCCUCUUCACCUAUUUCACUAAACCCGAAUCCAUUUCUCCUCUAGAGGCCGCACUCGUAACCGACGACGACGUCAUAAGGUCAUCGAGCUUCAAGAUUCGUAAGAGGAAAUACUGAAAAGUCAAAUUCAAACAGUAGUCUCUAGGUUCCUAUCGAAAGUCAACGAGAUUAUGUACCCUACUUCUCUCCUUAUUAUCUAUACUGUUGCCAUAGUUGGUUAUCACUGCAGUUUCUGUAGCAUAUCAUUUUUUGAAGUCUUUUAAUGCAUGUGAGUUGUGGUUGAACCAAUGUUUGAACCAGUAGUGUUUUCUUUUCUUUCCCAUUACUGAUAUAUACCCUUGAAAUGACAUAACUUUGCCUUAAAUCGAAAAUUCCAUGUGCAGCUA